GCCCGCCCGCCCCGAAUUUCCUCGCCCGCCCUCUCGCUUCCGCCCCGCGGUGCGCUGCUGGGCGCCGCCACUGGGGGCGCCUUGGGCCCCGUGGCUCUGAGGCGGCGGCGGCGGCAGCGGCGGUCUUCCAGUCUUCGCCUUUCCCAGCUCUCAGACGGGCGGCGGCGGCGACCAGCUGCACACCGAAAGGGCACGCACAGCCCAGGCGAGCUGCAGCACGACCGCUCCCCGCGGGCGGGCAGGGUCCGCGCCGCCGCGCUCCGGCCAGGGCUGCCGCGAGAGGCGGCGGCGGCGGCCCCUGCCCCGGCUCCGGCCGGCCCGCGGCGCCCUCCGGCCGCGCCCCCGCGCGCAGCUCGCGGCCCCGGCCAUGGGGCUGCGCGGGCUCGGGGCUCCGGUGAGCUGAGGCGGCGGCGCCGGCCCGCGCGCCCCUUGGGGCCGCCCCCGCAUCCCGCUCGCCGGCGUCUGGCGCUCAUGAUGAUGAAGAAGAAGAAGUUUAAGUUUAAGGUGGACUUCGAGCUGGAAGAGCUCUCCUCGGUGCCCUUCGUCAAUGGGGUCCUCUUCUGCAAGAUGCGGCUGCUGGACGGCGGCAGCUUCACCGCAGAGUCCCCCAGGGAAGUGGUACAAGCAAACUGUGUUCACUGGAGGAAGAAGUUCUCCUUUAUGUGCAAAAUGAGUGCAAGUGCCGCGACUGGCAUCCUGGAUCCUUGUAUCUACAGAGUAUCUGUGAGGAAGGAAUUGAAAGGUGGAAAAGCUUAUGCAAAGGUUUUGAUCAGUAUGCAGCUAAUGUCUGGUGACCCGUGUUUUAAAACGCCUCCUUCUACGUCGAUGUCUAUACCAAUUGCUGGUGAAUCUGAAUCUCUGGAAGAAGACAGAAAAGGUGGAGAGACUCUCAAAAUCCAUCUCGGAAUAGCAGAUCUUUCAGCAAAGAGUGCCUCUGUUCCAGAUGAACUUGGUGCCUGUGGACAUUCUAGAACAUCAAGCUAUGCAAGCCAACAGUCAAAAGUAUCAGGGUAUAGCUCCUGCCACUCCCGGUCAUCCAGUUUCUCGGAGCUCUGCCACAGGAGAAACACCUCAGUGGGAAGCACGUCAACAGGCAUUGAAAGCAUUCUAGAGCCCUGUGAUGAAAUUGAGCCAAAAACAGCCGAACCAAACCUUGAUCUAGCUGGCAAAGAAGAUACGGCUUCAGACCUGCUCACAAGAUGCCCAGUGAAGCAAGAUUCUGUAGAAUCUCAACUGAAGCGAGUUGAUGACACCAGAGUGGAUGCAGAUGAUAUUGUGGAGAAAAUACUCCAGAGUCAAGACUUCAGCCUAGAUUCCAGUGCGGAAGAAGAAGGCCUGAGGUUAUUUGUGGGACCUGGGGGAAGUACGACCUUUGGCAGCCAUCAUCUUCCAAAUAGAGUCGGGUCUGGAGCUUAUGAGCAAGUCGUGAUCAAACGCUAGCAGUCAGACUCCUGAACUGGAGCUUCCCUGGGGCUCUGAGAAAUGGGCAAUCAAGCUGUUGAGGCACCUCAUUCAAGCACGUUCCUCUGUUAAGAUGAAAGCCAUCACCGAUUUCUUCUUGGAAAGUGCCCACUACCAUCCUGUCCGACCCACCGAAAAAGAACAUCAGAACUGGAGCACCCACGGGCUGGGCCACGUGUCGCUAGUGGCACAUGGCUUCUGCAGUCACUGCACAGGAUAAUGAAAAGCCUGCUUUUCCUUUCAGAAUAGCCAGGUGGGGAAAGCAGCGCUGUACACCCAGGUAUAGUUCUGUAUGACGUAUAAAACCUGCAGUAGAGGUGUUCAACAGGUUUGGGCUCUAAUUAUAUCAUUUUAAUGUUCCAGGAGGUAAUAAGUGAAUCAUCUGAAUCCUAUAAAUUCUGUCAAAAUAGUUAUAAUCUCUUAAGGAAAUCUUCCAUGUUCUAUCCUACCUACAGUAUUGUACUGCUUAUUAACUCUUCUUGAUUGAAUCAUUGAUAUAAAGUUUGGGUGUUCGUGCUUGGGGGAAAAUGUUAUACUACAACUUAAACGUGUAGAGUGCUUAAUUCUCACUGUAUCCGUCACAAAUGGAGUAAGUGUGUUUAAGUCUGAGAUAUGUGAAUGAGUGUAAUGCCAUUAUUAUGCAACACGUAUUGUUACUAGUUAAUGUUAGAUGAGCUGCAGAACUAUAGUUGAGAUUCAAGGUAAGUUUCAUAUUUAAUAGGUUAGGCUCCCAUAAGGCACUUUAAGAGCUGUUCUAACUGAAUACUAUCUGCUGGUUUCAGGAGUCAGAAUUCAGGACAGGAGGAAAAUUGUAGCAUGGUCAGAAACAGUAGCCUUUUCUGUGUUAAGUUCAGACUUCUAUCUGAAACUGAAAAUUAUUCCAAGGAGGUGGCAGAUAAAACCGGGGACAGCUGCUUGACAUUACUGACAUGGACUCGUGGUUUCCUAUUUUAAACUCCCCGCAGUGGGAUACUACUUUUUUUUUCUUUACUGUAACAGUAGUUGUUUUGAGACAGUAGGAUAUGACAUAAUUCAAUAUAGCUUUAAAAGUAAGAAUAUCUGCUCUGGAUGCAGUUUAACAAGCUCAGCAGACAGAUCAUCUUUUUAUCAGAUGGGAAGUUUUUCUGGUCUUAAAUAACAAGUUUUAAUGUUCUUGGAGUCACUCAGUCACUGAAGAAAAAUGCAGAUUCUCUAGAACCACUAAUUCCCAGUCCUUCCUUUCACAACUGUGUCCAGAAAAAAACAUGAUACGUUAGAAUAACUUUGGCGUAAGUGAACCAUUUUUGUGUUGGCAACGUAAAGGGAAAAUAUAUUAAGAAAAUUAUUUCAAUGUCCAAAUGUAGAGCUUUGGAAAAUUUUGAGUAGUUCCUGUUAGGGUUUUAGGUUUUUUAACAUUUCAAGGAUUAGGUAUUCUACAUUAAUCCGGUUCUAAUACAAACAGAUGUUUUUUAAAAGGUGAAACCCCAUGUUGGAAUCUUUUGAAUGUUGAAAGAGAGCUUGAGUCAUUAGUAAUACUUUUGUUAUUUUGGCAGGAAGAAAAUUGACCUGACCAUUUUAGUCUAACCAAGGAAACUGUUAGCUUAAGUGGUAAAGACUUGCUUGUUCUCUGUGAUUAACAAAUGAGCUGAUCCAUCCAUAUAUAUUAUUGGGGGGAACUCAAAGUUUUUAAUAGAGAUAUGAAACUAGUGUUUACAGAUAUUUAUGACAUGUUUUAAGAACAUAUUUUUCUAUUUUAAAAAUAUUACUUCUAGGCUAUAUUUUUUAUUGGCACUUAUGCAAAUGAUUUUGCCAUUUUGAAAAUGAUAAAAACUAUUGACUGUAAGUGAGGUUCAGUGAGGACAUUCUUCAAUAUGUAAAAGGUCCUGUAAUUCAGACAUUGCCCAUCUUAUCCUUGCCUGCCCUCGGCCUGAUACCUUUAUACAAGACUGGCACUCAGUAUUUAAAAUGAUAUAGAAUUAUUUUUUAAAAAUAAAAUGUGGAGAUCUUGAAAAGCAUAAAAAUCUUGCCUCUGUAAUUUUAGCAGCCACCAGAUACAUCUUGAUUUAUGUAGUAGGAAAUAAUUUUAAUAGAAACAUUGAUGAGGGAAAAGUCAGCACAAGUGUGGAUUCAUUUUUUGUGUGGCAUUGGUGGGCAUACUUUGCAAUCACAUUUAUUUGCAGCCCUCUGGAAAUAUUUGUUAAAGUUUGCUUAAAUAUCUGCCUUACUUCUCCGUUUUUUCUUAGAGCAGGUACUGUGGAGCUAUAUUUGAACAAUGUAGCUAUUUUUAAAAAUUGCUUUUUAAAUACCAAGUGCACUUUUGGUUCCAUUUGGAGUUGAGAAAAUUUUGGAUUCGAAAAAUCACAUCUUAAUAUUGGUCUUUAAAUAUUAAUUUCAAAUUUCAGAUCACCCAGUCUUGGAGAAUUUGCAAAUCUAUAACAUUGUUUUUGUCUAAUCCUAUCCUAGAGAAGGAUUAAUGGUAUAUUAAAGCUAUUUAUUUGUGGUCAGAUAAGGAAGCCUCAAAUAUUCUGUUUGGGGGAAAUACAGAGGCCGGUCAGAAGCCCACUUCCUGUGGCUGGAGCUGGUAACUGAGACCAGAGGAUGUCAGGGGUAGCAUGGGCAAAGCAGCCUUGGGCCAUCAGUUUGCAUUUUGAUGGUUGUCUCCCCUUUGUGGGGUGGAAGGCUUCCAUAUUCAGCAACUGUAGUGGAUUAGUACUUACCUGAGAAAGUCUUGACGAAGAAUCCCAGGUCCACCACUUAGCCCAUUUGUUACUAAAAGGAAAACAAAUCUUCAGCUAACCUCCAACCAAAGCAUAAGACAUCCAGAAGUGAGUUUAGUAAUUUUAGACUGAGAUUGCCACGUCAACUAGACCACUUUGCAAACUCAAGUUAACAGUAUUAAGUAUUUAAGUACUCUGAAGUGUCAGGCUACGUUAAGACUUUAAUAAUGCUUAAAAGGCUUAUAUGAUGGGGUUGCAUUUUAUUUUAACAGGUCUAACUGGGACUCUUCAGAAAUUAUACUCAGUCAUUUCUCUUAGAUGGUACGUCAUGUGAAUAUAUUCAAGUACUGUAAUUGAAAUUAUUAAUGCCCGUGUCUGUGUUGGCUUAGGUACUAUGCAUAACUUUAAUAGCUGAGAUGUUUAAAAAUAUAAAGUCUAAAAAUAUAAAGGAUGAAG